AUGUUGAUGAUCUCUCCUACUGACGAUAACGGUAAAGAAAAGCAAAGAUUUUAUAGCGUAACCGAUGGAGUAAUUCAUGAUCUCCAAUUGCCAAUGCCUUACAAUAGGCGUUGUUUUGGUUCUUCCCAUGGGUGGUUGUUCAGUAUUGAAAAAUCCAUGAUCGUAACUCUGCUAAAUCCAUUCAAUGGGAGAAGCAUCCAUCUCCCAGAGUUCAAAGAUCCUUUAAACGAUUACCAAGAUUGGGUUAAGGCAGGUAACCAUGAAUAUUUUCUUCAUAAAGGUAUACUAACUUCUGAUCCUUCUCAAGAUGCAAAUAAUUAUGAAGUUGUGGUCAUUUAUGGCGGCAUGAGAAGAUUGGCAUCUUUCAAAUCAAGUGAUGAAGCUUGGACAUUUGUGGAAUUGAAAAAAGAUUAUGUAUUCUCUGACCUUAUUUACUAUACAGGCCAACGAUAUGCUGUCAACAACCGUGAUGGUCUUAUACAUGUUGAUGUAACCAAAGCACGCAUGGAGAACAGCAAUGAAAUAGAGAACAUGGAGAAUGAAAUGGAGAAACAAAGAGAGAAUGAGACCGAAACAGAGAGUGAGAAUAAAAAGGAAGACGAAGAGGGAGGUCAGAAUGAAGAGGAAGACGAAGAGAGAGGUCAGAAUGAAGAAGAGGAGGAGAUUGAAAAUGAAGAGCAAGAAGAAGAGGAGAGUAAGAGUGAAGAAGGGGAAGAGGAAGAGGAAGUGGAAGUGGAAGAGGAAGAGAAUGAGCAUGGGCAUCCUCUUGAUUUCAAUAGGCAUUGA